AUGGAGGUGAAGCGAGUACGCGUAACUAAUUGCAAGCGGUUCAAUCUGCUUGUUUCCCGUAUGGAGGCCAAUCCAGCGGUAGCCAAGGGGAUGAAAUACAGCGAGGCUUUCCACAUAAGCAAGGAACGAUAUGCAGACAUUUGGAACGAGUUAUGCAGCGGAUUGAACAGCCUUGGACCUCCAACUCGAUCAGUUCAAGGGUGGCAAAAAGUUUGGACAGAUUUUAAGCUGAAGGUUAAAAACAAGCUAAAACACAACAAGCGGGAGGCAAGUGCGACUGGCGGUGGAUCAAACCAGAUGGUGAAUCUUUCACCAAACGAAGAGACGAUAGUUAAUCUUUUGUCCCUUGAUCGGAUGGUUAACCACUCUGGUUCUGUGUUUGGUCUUCCCCAAUGCGAGUCUUCUCCGCGGGAAACCACCCUGGAGCAUGAGUAUGAAGCAGAUGAUGAAGUCGGGACCGAAAAUGUUGAGAACAUCGGGAACAACAGUCACACUAAUGAAGUUGGAAACAGCAGCAGCUAUAACAUCCCAAACAGUAGCCGCAAGCGGCGCACCGCAGAAAGGAAGGACGACACAGAAAGGAAGCAUGAACUACUGGUUGAGCAGACCAAGUAUUUGAAGAAAAUGGUUGAAAACUCCAGCGAAUGUGCCCGAUACGCUCGAAAAAUGUUUAAGCUGAAGGAAGACGAGGUGAAUAGGAAGGAAGCGUAUAUGCUGGGAAAAGAAAAACAAAGACAGGAAGAAAUUGAGUACAAGAUGCAAUUAUUAAGAUACAAACAAAGGAAGCUUAAACUGCUUGAACGCGAAGAAAUGAAGGAGUAA